GGUUUACUGAGACGUGUAAUCACACCGUUCGUUUCAAAUUAUUAUUAAACAUAUAUAUUUAUAAUAAAAUUAGAAUAUUCGUAUGGGAGAUUCUUUGGAGAACGCUGAUACUUCGGUAGAAGUAACAGCGAAUGUAACAAUUGUGGAUUAUGGUGCAUUUGCCAAUUAUAUUCGCAAGGCUGUUACCAUACUUUUACCCGAAGAAGAUGUUGUACCACCAGCUUUAAAUACAGCAUUAGAGGAUCCCGAUAACCAGGAUCGCGUGAAAAAAUUCUUAUCAGACCCACAAGUGCAAGCAUUAUAUAUACAACGCAAUUGUCUUAAAGAGGAUGAAAAUGAGCAACCGGCUGAAGGUGAAGAGGAGAAAGAACUCGUUACUUACCAAAUCAGUAACGAUGUGCACUUUACAAACAGUCGCAUGGCCUCAUUAGCAUGUAUUAAACGUGGUGCUGUAAUUGAAGCCGACAAGUCAAUACACUCACAAUUGCGUUUAAUUAAUUUUUCGGAUGGUUCACCAUACGAAACACUGCACGCUUUUAUCAGUAAAUCCUUGGCACCCUACUUCAAAUCAUAUGUCAAGGAAUCGGGGCGUGCUGAUCGUGAUGGCGAUAAAAUGGCUCCAUCGGUCGAAAAAAAAUUGGCUGAGUUGGAAAUGGGUUUAUUGCAUUUACAACAAAAUAUUGAUAUACCAGAAAUAACACUUACAGCUCAUCCAUCUGUAAAUGCUGUUAUUAGGAAAUGCUCAGAUGAAAAUCGUAAAGCAAAAGUUGGAGACUUCGGUGAUAAAGUUGAAGAUUCUACUUUUCUAAAUCAAUUACAAAAUGGUGUCAAUCGUUGGAUUAAAGAAAUUAAGAAAGUUACCAAGCUCGAUAGAGAUCCAUCAUCUGGUACAGCUUUACAGGAAGUAUCAUUUUGGCUUAAUUUAGAGCGCGCACUUUAUCGCAUACAGGAAAAACGUGAAUCACCAGAGGUCGCUCUUACUUUAGAUAUACUUAAACAUGGUAAACGUUUUCAUGCAACCGUUUCGUUUGAUACAGAUACUGGUUUGAAACAAGCUCUAGCUACGGUUGCUGAUUAUAAUCCUUUAAUGAAGGAUUUUCCUAUAAAUGAUUUACUUUCUGCUACAGAGUUAGAAAAAAUCAGACCAGCAGUACAACAGAUUUUUUCACAUUUACGUAAAGUACGCAAUACUAAGUAUCCUAUACAACGUUGUCUUAAACUUAUUGAAGCUAUAUCUCGAGAUCUUUCACAACAAUUGCUCAAAGUACUCGGUACACGUCGUCUAAUGCAUAUUCCAUUCGAUGAAUUUGAACGAGUUAUGAAUCAAUGUUUUGAAAUAUUCAGUUGUUGGGAUGAUGAAUAUGAUAAACUGCAAGGACUUUUGCGUGAUAUUGUCAAAAAGAAGCGUGAUGAACAUUUAAAAAUGGUGUGGCGUGUUUCACCUGCUCAUAAGAAACUUCAGACACGCAUGGAACAUAUGCGUAAAUUCCGCAGACAGCAUGAGCAAUUACGUACUGUCAUAUUACGUGUUUUACGUCCCAAUAAACAAUCACAAAAUGAUUCAAAUGUUACUGAAACAAAGCAACCUUACAGUUUAGAAGCUGCAGAUGCUAAUGCAAUUGAAGAAGUUAACUUAGCUUACGAAAAUGUUAAAGAAGUUGACUGCUUGGAUAUAACCAAGGAAGGAUCAGAAGCAUGGGAAGCAGCAGUAAAACGUUAUGAAGAAAGAAUUGAUCGCGUGGAAACUCGUAUAACAGCACAUUUACGUGAUCAACUUGGCACAGCAAAAAAUGCUAAUGAAAUGUUUCGAAUUUUCUCGCGUUUCAAUGCACUUUUUGUGCGUCCACAUAUUCGCGGUGCUAUACGUGAAUAUCAAACACAGCUUAUACAGCGUGUCAAGGAUGAUAUCGAAGCUUUGCAUGAAAAAUUUAAAGUUCAAUAUCCACAAAGUAAAAGUUGUCGUUUAUCGUCGGUUAGAGACUUACCUCCAGUCGCUGGUUCUAUAAUAUGGGCACGACAAAUAGAUAAUCAAUUGACUAUGUACUUAAAACGUGUUGAAGAUGUUUUAGGCAGAGGUUGGGAAACACACAUUGAAGGACAGAAAUUAAAAGCCGACGGUGAUAGUUUUCGCAAUAAACUUUCAAUUUCUGAAGUUUUUCAGGAUUGGGCACGUAAAGUACAAGAGCGUAAUUUCGGUAGUACUGGGCGUAUAUUUACUAUCGACUCAGUUCGAUCGCGUACCGUACGAGCUAAUGUACUUAGAUUACGAGUGAAUUUUCUUCCAGAAAUCAUUACUUUAUCGAAAGAAGUGCGGAAUAUUAAAAAUUUAGGCUUUAGAGUACCACUUACUAUUGUGAACAAAGCUCAUCAGGCAAACCAAAUCUAUCCUUAUGCUAUUUCACUGAUUGAAAGUGUUCGUACUUAUGAACGUACCCUGGAAAAGAUCGAAGAACCUAUCAAAGGAUCUGUUACAGCGCAGUAUCCACUGGACAUGACAAUAGUUUUAGACAUGUUUAUUUCCAAGCCUACUACCAAGUCCGGGCGUUUCGAUUUAGGCUGUCUACGUUAUGUUAGAGAUCUCUGCUUCUGUGACUCAGCAGACACACAUUGUCCGAAUAUUCAAGAUCUUCUAGAUGGAGAAAAGGUGUUUACUGUAUACCAUGGCGUCCAUCAAGCAAAUUUCUUAAUAUUUCGUCCAGAGCUCUAA